CCUUCGUGAGUACCACUAUGUCACCUUGAAAAUGAACUGGACCGACGCUCAGCAUUACUGCAGAGUGAAACACGCCGACCUGGCAACCAUUGGGAGCAUGGAUGAUAUGAGCAGGCUAAAAAGACCUAAUAUGGACACCUCAGUAGCAUGGAUCGGGCUGAAUGAUGAUCCAAAAUACUGGAAGGAAGUUAUGGGCAAUGACACCAACUCCUGGAGAUGGUCAGCUACUGGUACAACCAGCAAAACUGGUUACCACAACUGGCAAUCAGGUCAGCCAAAUUAUUUUAAAGGAAAACAGACCUGUGUGCUGGCGGACAUGAAUGGAUCAUGGGAUGAUGAAGACUGUUAUCUUCUGAGAGAUUUUGUUUGUUACACUGCUACAAAUCCUACAGGACAGAAAACAUAUACUGUAAUUGACAUCAAAAUGAUGUGGAAGGAUGCCUGGGCUUACUGCAGAAGACACCACACAGACCUGGCUAUGAUAGAGAAUGUUCAGGAAAACACAAAGAUGUUGUCAAUAACGUCAGCACGUGUUGUGUGGAUCGGCUUGUACCGAGUACCAUGGAGGUGGUCCGACAAGAGCAGCAUCUCCUUCACAAACUGGGCAAGUGGACAGCCUGAUGGUGACCAGUACUGUGUGGCUGAAACGUCAGGUCACCUUAUGUAUGACAACCCGUGUAACCUCAAGCUCUCAUUCUUCUGCAAUGGAGUGAAGAUGACCGUGGUGAGGAUGAAGAUUCAGACUGAUGCUGACCUUUCAGAUUCAGCUACUAACGCCCAGGUCCUUCAACAGCUGGGUGCAAAUGGGGGACUAACUAACGCCAAACUGAAGUGGAAGAUUCAGUCAAGAAAGAUGAAGCCAAACACGAAGACAUCUAUUGUGACUGAUAAUAGGUUUCUCCUUAAUUAAUGAAGCUGUAUGAGUUGUCUUAUCAAACACAGUAGAUAACGUUCUGUCAUUACAUACACUGUAAAAACAAAACAAAUCAAAUCAAAUGUGUUUGUAUGUGUAUUUGCAAAAAUCCAUCAAUCUAGUAAAUGAUGGACAGUAUGAAUAACUCCACUUGUCACCACAGAGAUAAUGUCUUAACCACUGUUCUAAACUAAGAUGACCACAAGAAACUAGAAAAAUAGAUGAUAAUUCAAUCACAGAUUCCCUUUUUGCGUGCGGUAAGUUGUUAUAGUACAGGCUGUCAUUGAGAUGAAAGUAACAGCAUGAUACAGUGCAUGAAAAUAACUGUUUCAGUGGAAGAAAUUCCAUUCUUCCCCUUUGUGCAUUUUCACUUAUAUUUUCGUUGGAAUCAAAGUUAUCUUAGUUUAACAAUCAUGUCCACUGUAAACUGUGUGUGAACUGCUUUUUCUGGUAUUUUGUGUGUUGAAAAUCAUUAUUAGCCAUCCUAGCAGCAUGUUACUGUGGAUGGCAAUGUCUGUUGGUCUUUCACUUUCGAGUUGGUACGUUCAGUUGGUUCAUUACCUGUUGGAGCCAAAUAAACAAAAACGGUCCAGCAAUCAAAUUUGCAAGAAUGACGCAAGGCGGCAACUCACUUUUCUCUCUGUCUGAAAACGCCUUUAGUCUGGUUUUUGUCAACAUCUGUACAUUUCAACUAAAAGAAAACUAUGAUAGGUAAUAGCAUAAUAAAAAUAGAUACUUUAGCUUUUCUUUUUAAAUACAGAUGGGUUUUUUAUAUUUUUAGUUGUAAAAUUAUAUUGUUUUUUUAUUUAUUUUUUCUCUUACUAUGUUUGCUGUGUCCGUGUAUGUGAAAACCUUUUAGGGCUUUCUGUUGUUGCCUGUUCAAUAAAUUCAAUGUGGUACAUACAGUUUGCUACUGAUCUCUUUACAACUUGUGAAAUGUAUACUCAAUUAACAUU